GGGACUCCCCCAUGGCGCAGCCGGAGCUUUCGGGGGUUUUUGACCUGGGGAUGCUGAAAACUCCCCGAGGGAUCCUGAUGGGAACGGAACUGGUGCUGUCGGUGGCCGUGGUUGCCCUCCUGGCCGUCCCCGCCCCCCCCUCGCUGGCCCCGGCGCUGCUCCAGGCCCUGGGGGGGGCGGCGGCUCUGGGGGGGCUCCUGAUGAGAGACCCCCCAAAACUGCCCCGGGGCUACGGGACCUGCCUGGACCUUCUCCGGGCGGUCAGUGGGACCCUCAUCUUCCUGGUGGUGGCCCUGGUGGCCUUGUCCUCGUCCCGUGACGCUCUGGCUGCCACCACCUUCACCUUCAGCCUGGUGCUGGCCUUGAUCUUCGCCCUGGACACUUUUGUCACCUUCCGCAGCCGGGUGACACCGGGACAGGACCCCGACAUGGAGAGCAGCUGAUGGCCACCGACCCCCACCAUUGUCCCAUUGUCCUCCUCUGUCCCCUCUCCACCUUCUCCUGCUCCUCACCCCCCAAAUGAAACCUCGUCCCACACCUGGUGCUGCUCAGGGUCGUGUUUUUGGGGUGGGGUGGCCAAGGGGACAUUGUGUCCCCCCUGGGGCUCGUUAAUGGAUUAAUUAAUGAUGGUGUGGGGGUCUCCUCGUCUUGGACGGGGGGUGGGGGGUGUCACUGGUGGGGAGAGAUGUCACUCAUGGUGGUGGCUCCAUCAU